UACAUGAUAAACAGCUCUGUUCACACCAGCUAGCUGGGCUGCCUGAGUCAAUAAAAGGCGGCAGCAGAGUCGGAGAGCUGACACUUGGUGCUUGGAGGACUACCGUGGCAAAAGCCAUUUCACAUCAAAGUUGAGCAUAAUGCCAGGAUUAUUUUUUCCCCACAACAACAUGACUGAAUUGAAUGGAAAAGACGACUGCAAGCUUUCAGAAGGCAAAAUCCAUAAAAAGAAGCAAAAGGCUUUUGGUGCAGAUCUCAAAAACUAUUUGAAGUGCAUGGUACCACAUCUUGAAUCCGGAAUCAAGUCUUCUAACUCCAGAAAUGUUAUGCUUUCUGCAGAAGAAGUAAUGCAGUGGUCCCAGUCUUUGGAAAAGCUCUUGGCCAGCCAAAGUGGCCAACGUAUCUUUCGGGAGUUCCUGAAGUCCGAGUUCAGCGAGGAGAACAUUGAGUUCUGGUUGGCCUGCGAGGAUUACAAGAAAACCAAGUCCGAUCGCUUACAUGGCAAAGCGGAGAGGAUUUAUGAGGAAUUUGUUCAGUCAGAUGCUAUUAAACAGAUCAAUAUUGAUUAUCGUACAAGGGAAGCAACGGCCAAAAGGGCACAAGACCCAACUCACACAAGUUUUGAUGAAGCCCAAAAAACAGUGUAUAUCCUCAUGGAAAGGGAUUCAUAUCCCAGAUUUUUGAAAUCCAAAGCCUACUUGAACCUUUUAAACCAGCUGCAGAUCAACAGUUCGAAAUGAAGGGGCUGAGGCAAUGAAGAGCUGAGUAGACCCUGUGCCAAAUAUCCUGUGACGAGAUCCUCAGGGGUGGCUGGAUGGUUGGAUCCCAGCAAGGAGAACGCCUGCCUUGGGGGAGUACUAGGGGAGACAUAGACAGCUCCACUAGCAGGAAAACACAGGAUAAAAGCUGUCAAGAUGAUUACAAGCAAGGGAGCAACAUGGGGAAAAAAUAAAUCCUCUCCUCCCACAUGCCACAGACCCAAGACAGGAUACUAUUUAUUAUCUGAAUGACACUGUGAAUACUGAACCAAGUACUAGAUCCCAAAGACCUGCCAGUUAUUAGGAAAUGGCAGGCUAACAAGCUUCUAGCCAAGAGCGAUGGGGAAAGAUGAUCAACUUUAGAAGAACAACAAGUACAACUGGCAGUUUUGUAUGCAGCAAGGAAAUGCCCAGACAAGACAGAUAAUAGCUUUAAAAAAAAAAAAAAAAAUCUGUGAAGUGUUAAUAAGCAUGGGUGCAGCUCCAUGAUGACAAUGUACUAUGUAAAUACAAAUUGACAUGUCUUAAAAUUGAUUUAUUUUAACUUAUGUAAGAAUUAUAUAAGCUGUGUUAUUACUAUGUAUUCAACAAGCAGGUAUGUAGCAUAUUUUUUCUGUUUAAUUUAUUGCAAAAUAAUAAGCAACUCUUCAAUUAAAUCUACUGAG